CGAGAUGUAAAAAGAACAGUAUACAUCAAUGUCAGUGACGCCAUAUCAACAAUUUCGUCGUUGAAAGACCGCGAUUCUCAGGUGUUUCGUGUGUAGUCGUGGCCGAGUGGUUAAGGCGAUGGACUAGAAAUCCAUUGGGGUCUCCCCGCGCAGGUCUCUUCAGAAUGAGGCUACUGGUAUCGAUCUGCAAGUGCCACAUUACCAGGAGAUCAGGGGGCCCAUGAUGACUGGCCAUGUAGAGUACCAGAUAGUCGUGGUCACCCGUCUUGCUGCUUUCAAGUCUGCUAAGCACAAACCAGGAGAUGUUGUACAGUUAGUGGUCUCAAAGAAGUACAGUGAAAUUGAUGAGUUCUACCACAGCUUAAUUGCUCAGUAUCCCAGUAUCCAUCUACCUGCCAUGCCCCGAAAAGCCCUGUUUGUGGGUGAGACUGAUAUCCGUGAACGCAGAGCAGCCUUCGAUGAGUUUGUCCGAUUUAUUGCCAAACACCCAACUCUGUCAACCUGUCCAGAGUUAUUGGAGUUCUUAGGAGCGAAGAAUAACGUCCGUGAUGUCACGUCUUCAAACACGCCUGACUGGCUAGUGGAAGAAGACGAUGAUGGGCUGGAUUUCUUUGGAAAAGAAACCGAGGCUUCUGCUACUCAGACUGACCAAGUUAAAAAGCCAGUGAAGGCAGUCAAGCCAACCCAGGAAGAAGACGAUGAUGAAGAGGAGUUAUUUGAUCCAUUAGGAGGUGUGAGAUCUAAGAAACCCAAACAUGUACAACCAGUGCCCAAGUCUACACCUACACCCAAACUGUCCCUCUUUGAUGAGGAGGAUGACCCAGACAAGGAGCUCUUUCAGCCUGCAGUAAAGGACAGUAACCUGCGACUGUUUGAAGACCCAGACUUAGGUGGACCAGUCACUAUUGGAGACACUUUGCUCCUCUCUGAUGCCUACCAGAAGAGUGCAGCUUCUGCUGCUCCCAAACAAGAUGAAGAUGUGGAUGAGCUCUUUAGGGUGGAGGAGGAUUUGGACAAACUUCUAGCAAUAAGUAAACCUCUCAGACCAAAACCAGCCAUUGCCCCGAAACCCAAACCAGCACUAAAGCCCAAGCCAGCCAUUCCUCAGAAGCCUCCUUCUCUGGUACAGGAUAGUAAAGCUACCCCUCAGUCAGGCACUGCCCAGGCCAUGGAUCAGCUGGACAUCCUAAAGUACAUCCAGCAAAAUGAGGCUGCUGUCAGUGAAGACCUAGAUCUUUUUUAGCCUCGGCUUAUUUGGUGAUGAGAAUGGGACAGAAUGUAUUUCCUUUCAGGUAGUGAUGUUGAACAAUGAUGCAAUAAUGGUGAUUUCUGAAAACAGCUUUGUUAUCUGUUUAUUCUUUUCAUCUCAUUUUGAAACUUUCAGGUCACAGAGUUUAGUUUUCAGAUAGUCAUGAACAUCUAUCAAACCAAAGAGCUGGACAUGAUGCUCUUUUAUAGAAAUUAAGUACAUUUUCUUUGAAUCAGUGACCCUCAGCAAGAUCAUGACAGUAAGAAUAUAAUAACCUAAAAUCUCCCUCUUUACUCUUUGUAAGGGCAGAUUUUAAGCAUCCGUUUUGUUAAUGGUUAUUUGUACAUUGGUGACCUAAUUUUGAGGUUGGAAAUGAUGGUGAUUGCUGAGAAAGAAGUCAUCUUGUGGUGCAGCUCCUUGUUUUAUGGCAUGUUUUUUGUAUUAUGAAGGAGUUUUUUCAUUGUAUCAGUGGUAAAGUAGUAAACUUUUUACUAAAAUCUCUUCUGCUCAGGAAGAGCUUGGCCACUCAAAUGAUGAUCUACAGGAGUGUUAUGCUUUAGAAAGUCAUGCAGACCGAAUUUUUGGAUUUCUCACUGCAGAGUUUUGGCUAGCAGUGAAUAUCAGACGUGCUUUUGAAAUAGCAUGGCAUUCUGUUAAAUAAUGGUAGCAUAUUAUGUUGAGCACUUUAAGUAACAAUGCACAGCACUGCCAAUUAAAAGAAUGACAACAGAAAAUGUGAUUUAUUUCUUGUCAAACUUUUUUUUAAUUAUCCAUGACUUACCUUUGGAAAUAUGACUGCUACUGCUACUACUACUAAGGCUACUUACUCAUACUACUGCUACUAUAACUAAUGUUGUUAAUGCUGUUAUUGCUAUUACUGCUGCUACUAUUGAUGGUGCUGAUACUGCCACUGCUACUACUUUUACUGCUACUAAUGCUACUGAUAACUGCUGCUGCUGUUAGUAUUACUUCUACCACUAUUGCUGCUACUACUACUUUUACUGCUAUUAAUGCUUCUGAUACUAACUGCUGCUGCUUUUAGCAUUACUGCUGCUACAACAGCAGUUGCUACUACUAUUACUGCUACAACUGUUGCUUUUACUACUAUUACUGCUACAGAUACUACUGCUGCUGCAAUUAGAGUCACUGGUGUUACUGCUGCUCUAUUUUACAUUCUUUUUAUUAUCAGCAUAACAAAAAUGUAGUAUCUUUGAAAUAUUUGCAUGUUUCAGAAUUUCUUAGUAUUUGGUAAUUCCCCCUUUGUCUCAAUGACUGUGCACUUGACCUGACAAGGAAUCCUCAAGUCUGUGCAAAACCCUGUGAUGAGAGGAUGAAAUCCACAUGAGUCGCCUGGACACAAGCUUCAGCAGAAAAGAUCAGGCACAGAAAAAUCUGAGACAUUUGUACAAAUGUCCUCAUUUUACUUGCCUUAACAUUUCAUUGUUGCAAAUUUUUCAAAAUUCCAAAAUGUUUUGUUAUUUUCAGGUUUAUAUGAACAGAUGUUUCUUGUGGUCUCAAGACUUUUUUUGUCUCAGAAAGAGAUCCUUACCUCUGAAAGUUCCUGGAGUAAUGGAUAACAUACAGUUGCAGUGUGAUUUGUGCUGGUUUAACAUUACUAGAGACAGUUACGCACUAGCUCCCAAUUUGUAAUCCAGUGUUGUAAGUAAACAAAAUUGUAAAAUUCUCAGCACAAGACAAAAAGACCAGCAAUGUAAUGGUGAACUUGUGACUGUAAAACAUUCAUCAAGAAUGUUCUGCAACUGUGGAAUAUUCAUCAAGAGGCCUACCAUUCUGUCCUGGGUAAAGGCCAGAAAAAAUAGUCAAACGUUAUGUUAGGUGAAACAUUAUGCUGAUCUCUAAAACGUUCUGUAAAUAAAACCCAAACAGAAGCAUUGUUAUGAAAUGUUAUGACGUUAAUUAUGAACACUUAAAUGCUUUUUACAAUAAACUUCACCACUUGGUUUUUAAAGACAGGUUGAUGGGGAAAACCUGUGGUUUGGGUAUAUAUACACUUGUGUCUUUGUGCUCUUUGCUGUGUAAAUCUGUGUGAGUAAUAUACUGAGAUUUGCAGUAACAGCCUUCAAGGAUGGAUCUUGGCUAUGUUCUCAGGAUGACAAGUAUGAAUGCUGGGUAACUGCUUCAGUGAAGCACUAGGGGGCAUUAGGUUCAAAUUUCCAAAAAAUAUUUUUGUCAUUUCACAGGUAGCAAAUUGUUAACCAUUUUAACUCCUUGAAAUGUGUUCAUUAAUUAAUCAUUAGAGUUACUACUCAGUAAUUACUUUGAUGUAUUUAGGUACUUCUAUGAAUCGAAUAUGUAAGGGCCCAGUUUGAGAGGCCUGGGUGAAAUGUGAGAUCGCCUGAGUUGUCUCUUAUUUUAAUUUCAUCCACCUGUUUGAACUUUAACCAAAACCUAAACUCAUUUACCCUCAAAUCCUUGUCCUAAACCAAAAUACCAGCCCCAACCCGAACACUGUUGAGAGUCAGUAUUUUGAACAUCUAUAAAUAAUGUACUGGGAACUAUCCAAAUAAAGUGAAACUGUCAUUUUGUUAUUAUGUUUUGGAAAUUGUACUUGACUCUAUUCAAAAGUAUGUAAUUUCAGCUGUAUUGUAACUUAUGAAUGAAUACUUUUUCUCCAACUAAAGAAAAGCAAAAUGGAAAAGUUUCACAUAACCCCCCCCCCCCCCAUUUUACUCUACUUAAAAAUGUUGGGACACUAUUGAAAAUGCGCAAGCAUCUCAUGUUCAAACAAGACAUCUCCAACCCAAAGCUACUCCUGGAGAGACUCAAAAUAUUGAUAUUAGGAUAUUGGAUUAGAAUAUUCAGUUAACUAUUCUAUCAAAGAAUAGUGUCUCUUACUAACACAAUGUCUGUUAGCUCUGGCCAUCCAAAAGAGAAAAUCCAGCAAACCUGGCUGAACAUCAGCUUUGUAAACUUUGUUCUCCAUGCUGACAAGACUCCAAACGUUCCUCCAAAAGAAGGGACACGGAAACAAAAUACUAGCCUAAAUAAAAUUCUAAAUUCUGAUAAAGAUAAAGGAAAGAGACGUCGCUGUUUAUCCCACGAAGGUUUCGGUAUUUUUACUUGUCAUACUUAAGUUUGUGAUUAUCAUUUAAGGAUCGUUGUGAGUCUCAGUUGGUAAACCCUGUCAUCACUGCUGAUUGCUAUAAUGUUUAUAAUGGAUGCAAAUGAAUAAAGUUAUAAAUAAACAGACAUCAUUUCUACUCA